AUGCUGCAUGUCCAGUGUCUCAAGCUGAGCAAUGUGUUUGCUAAACUGUUGGACCUGGAGCCUAGUACUCCACACCUAACACUGUCACCCACGCAACACUGCCACCCACGAGAGACUGCCGCCCACGAGAGACUGCCACCAAAGAGAGACUGCCACCCACGAGAGACUGCCACCAAAGAGAGACUGCCGCCCACGAGAGACUGCCACCCACGAGAGACUGCCACCAAAGAGAGACUACUGCCGCCCACGAGACUGCCACCCACGCAACACUGCCACCCACGAGAGACUGCCGCCCACGCAACACUGCCACCCACGAGAGACUGCCGCCCACGCAACACUGCCACCCACGAGAGACUGCCACCCACGCAACACUGCCACCCACGAGAGACUGCCACCCACGCAACACUGCCACCCACGAGAGACUGCCACCCACGCAACACUGCCACCCACGAGAGACUGCCACCCACAAGAGACUGCCGCCCACGCAACACUGCCACCCACGAGAGACUGCCGCCCACGCAACACUGCCACCCACGAGAGACUGCCACCCACGCAACACUGCCACCCACGAGAGACUGCCGCCCACGCAACACUGCCACCCACGAGAGACUGCCGCCCACGCAACACUGCCACCCACGAGAGACUGCCGCCCACGCAACACUGCCACCCACGAGAGACUGCCACCCACGCAACACUGCCAUCCACGAGAGACUGCCGCCCACGCAACACUGCCAUCCACGAGAGACUGCCGCCCACGAGAGACUGCCGCCCACGAGAGACUGCCGCCCACGAGAGACUGCCACCCACGAGAGACUGCCGCCCACGAGAGACUGCCACCCACGAGAGACUGCCGCCCACGCAACACUGCCGCCCACGAGAGACUGCCACCCACGAGAGACUGCCGCCCACGAGACUGCCGCCCACGAGAGACUGCCACCCACGAGAGACUGCCACCCACGCAACACUGCCACCCACGAGAGACUGCCGCCCACGAGAGACUGCCACCCACGAGAGACUGCCACCCACGAGAGACUGCCGCCCACGAGAGACUGCCGCCCACGAGAGACUGCCACCCACGAGAGACUGCCGCCCACGCAACACUGCCACCCACGCAACACUGCCACCCACGAGAGACUGCCGCCCACGAGAGACUGCCGCCCACGAGAGACUGCCGCCCACGAGAGACUGCCACCCACGAGAGACUGCCGCCCACGCAACACUGCCACCCACGAGAGACUGCCGCCCACGAGAGACUGCCGCCCACGAGAGACUGCCGCCCACGAGAGACUGCCACCCACGAGAGAGAGACUGCCGCCCACGAGACUGCCGCCCACGAGAGACUGCCACCCACGAGAGACUGCCACCCACGCAACACUGCCACCCACGAGAGACUGCCGCCCACGAGAGACUGCCACCCACGAGAGACUGCCACCCACGCAACACUGCCACCCACGAGAGACUGCCGCCCACGAGAGACUGCCGCCCACGCAACACUGCCACCCACGCAACACUGCCACCCACGCAACACUGCCGCCCACGAGAGACUGCCACCCACGAGAGACUGCCGCCCACGAGAGACUGCCACCCACGAGAGACUGCCACCCACGAGAGACUGCCGCCCACGAGAGACUGCCACCCACGCAACACUGCCGCCCACGAGAGACUGCCACCCACGCAACACUGCCGCCCACGAGAGACUGCCACCCACGCAACACUGCCGCCCACGAGAGACUGCCACCCACAAGAGACUGCCGCCCACGAGACUGCCACCCACGAGAGACUGCCGCCCACGCAACACUGCCGCCCACGAGAGACUGCCACCCACGCAACACUGCCACCCACGAGAGACUGCCGCCCACGAGACUGCCACCCACGAGAGACUGCCGCCCACGUGCGCCUGGAGAGAAGGCGGGCGCCCCGGGCGGGCCAGAGGGCAGGACCCAUGAAUCAAAGCUAUUAAAAGAAGAAGCUAUUAAAGAAAAGAAGCUAUUAAAUUCCGUACCAAUAUCAAAGUCUAUUGCAAGUGUGUAA